UCCGCAGGCGGCAGCAGCAGCAGCAGCCCCUCGCUGGAUCCGAGCCGCAGGGGCCGAGGAUGCCCGCCGGGCAGCUGGCCCGCAGGUGGCCUUGAAGGCGCCCCGCACCGAAGUCCCUUGCCGCGCGCCUGCCCAGGCAGAAUUUUUCUGAAUCAGCACACUCACUGCUCAGUUUAUUUCUUCCCCACCCCACCUUCUUCCGAAGAGGAGAGUCAAACAUGGACGACUGUUUGGACACCCUGCGGGAUGAAGAGGAUGCCCUUUGGGAGAACGUCGAGUGCAACCGGAACAUGUUCACCCGUUACAUCCACCCCGCCAAGCUGACUCCGUACCUACGCCAGUGUAAGGUCAUUGAUGAGCAAGAUGAGGACGAGGUGCUCAACUCACCUAUGCUGCUCUCCAAAAUUAACCGAGCAGGUCGACUCCUGGACAUCCUACAUACAAAAGGAGAAAGGGGGUAUGUCGUUUUCUUGGAGAGCCUUGAAUUUUACUACCCUGAGCUCUACAAACUGGUAACCGGGAAGGAGCCAACACGGCGGUUCUCUACUAUUGUUGUAGAGGAGGGCCAUGAAGGCCUCAUCCACUUCCUGAUGAAUGAGCUCAUCAAACUGCAGCAGCAGGCCAAGGCCAAGGACGCCCAGCGCUGUGAGCUCCUGGCCAAAUCCAGCCAGUUGCAGGACGAGAUGAAGCAACUGAAGCUCAACAAGAUAGAGCUCCUGACCUUCCAGGAGAGGUACAACAAAAUGAAGGAGGAGCGGAACAACUACAACGACGAGCUCAACAAGGUGAAGGACGAGAACUACAACCUGGCCAUGAGGUACGCCCAGCUGAGCGAAGAGAAGAACAUGGCGGUGAUGAGAAGCCGGGACCUGCAGCUCGAGAUUGACCAGCUGAAACACUGGUUGAAUAAAGUGGAGGAGGAAUGUAAACUGGAGAGGAACCAGUCUCUGAAGCUCAAGAAUGACAUUGAGAAACGACCAAAGAAGGAACAAGUUCUGGAGCUGGAGAGGGAGAACGAGAUGCUGAAGACCAAGAUCCAGGAGCAGCAGUUCAUCAUUCAGGCUAGGAAACCUGGCUUACCAGAUUCCGACAAAGCCAUUUUGGAUAUCCUAGAACAUGAUCGCAAGGAGGCUCUGGAGGAUCGCCAGGAGCUGGUCAACAAGAUCUUUAAUCUUCAGGAAGAGAUCCGCCAUGCGGAAGACCUCCGAGAUAAGUACCUCGAGGAGAAACAGGAACUGGAGUUGAAAUGCUCGACUCUGGGGAAAGACUGCGAAAUGUACAAGAAUCGGAUGAACACUGUGAUGAUACAGCUGGAGGAAGUGGAGAAGGAGAGGGACCAGUGGACUUUGCUUUCGCAGGCAUUUCAUUCUCGUGACGAGGCACAGACGCAGUACUCUCAGUGCUUGAUCGAGAAGGACAAGUAUCGGAAACAGAUCCGGGAGCUGGAGGAAAGGAAUGAUGAGCUCCGUAUCGAGCUGGUCCGGAAGGAGGCCUGUGUCAUUAACCUGGAGUGCAAACUCCGACGUCUCUCUAAGGACAACUGCUAUGACCAGAGCUUACCUAGGAAUCUGCCUCUCACACUAAUUUCUCAGAGCCUAGGAACUCCCAUCCCCAAAAUCAAUGGCCAGGAGGCUGAUGACUCUUCAACCUCUGAGGAGUCUCCAGAAGACAGCAAGUUCUUCCUCUCGGAUCAGCCUCGAUUCAAGAGAAGGAUGAAUCUGAAGGCCAUCCAGCUGCCAAGAACGAAAUCCCCCGUCAGGGUGAGCAAGGCGUCGGAUUUUCAAGCUAUCCGAGGACAUGACGCUGACGGGGGCAACACUGCCAGCAGCCAUGCCGGAUCCAAUUCCAUUUCCAUCAGCAACGCCGUGGGCAACUGCGAAGUUGGCAACAUUCAAACGCUACGAAACCGCAACCCCAGCAUUAUGUCCACAACCCCAGAGCCUCCGGGGAACGAUUCCAUUGUCCGGCGAUGCAAAGAAGAUGCUCCCCCUAGCAGCCUGACUGAAGAAGACAAUGACAGUUUUGGCUACGAAGAGGAUGACUUCCUUGAGAGGUGUUCGCAUGAAUAUUCCUCGCUCCCCUCCUCUUCAUCAUCCCACCAGUCUGAUGGGCUGGACCUUGAGCAAGUCAACUCCAUCUUCCGGAAAUUUUCUCUGGAGAGGCCGUUCCGUCCCUCGGUGACAUCUGUCGGACGCGUCAACAACACGUUCCGUGCAGUCCAGCGCAUCAUGGUAAAUGGAGACAGCCUGAGCUCGGAGAUCACCCUGGUGGGAGGCAACAUCAAAGGAAGCUUUGUCAACUCUGUCAAGCUGGAUUCGCCCGCAGAGAAAGCUGGCCUCCGGGAGGGGCAUCAGCUACUUCUGGUGGAAGGCUGCAUGAAAGGAGAAGAUGAGAUUUUUCCCUUGGAUAACUGCACGAAGGAAGAGGUUCAUUGGAUAAUUCAGCGCUGCAGUGGGACCAUUACGCUGCACUGUAAACUGAACCAUGAAGGUUACAGGAAGCUGCUGUCCGAAAUCGAAGAAGGGUCCGUCACCUCGGGAGACUCUUUCUACAUCCGCCUGAACCUGAGCAUCUCCAGCCAGAUGGACUGCUGCUCCCUGUCGGUCAAGUGUGACGAAAUCCUGCACGUGCUGGACACCAUGCACCAGGGCAAGUGUGAGUGGCUGUGUGCCCAGGUCGACCCUUUCACCGACAAGGACUUGGAAAUGGGGACCAUCCCCAAUUUGAGCAGAGCUCAACAGCUCCUUCUAGUUAAACUGCAGCGGCUUAUGAACAGAGGCAGCCGGGACGAGACGGACAGUUCUCAUGGAACGCUCCGCACGCAUCGAAAUACGCUACAGCCGGAAGAGCACACGCCGCCGAGUGAUCCCAAAGCUAGCCCACGCCUCUCUCGAGCCAGCUUCCUUUUGGGCCAGAUCUUGCAGUUUGUCAGCAGGACUGAGAACAAAUAUAAGCGCAUGAACAGCAACGAACGAGUCCGCAUCGUCACCUCCAAGGAUACCCGCAGCAGACCGGAGGGGCAGCCAGUCACCAAGGCACUCCUCGAUCGAUUCGAAGAUUUUGACUCGGUGAGUGAGAUCACCAAGAGCUUCAGCUUGAUCCCGUAUAGCUCCGUGAGGCCAACUCACUGCAACCAUCGGCGCCCCGUCCUCUUCACUCCUACGAUGCUUUCCAAGAUCUUAAUUCAGAAGCUCCUCAACUCCGGAGGGGCCCUGGAAUUCAACUUAUGCAAGCCAGAUGUCAUAACCAAGGAGGAAUUCUCUAGGAGGCACACAAUAGAAACCAUCAUAUAUUACCGAGAGAAGAAUCCACACACCUAUGAAUGUAUAUUUCCUGCAAAUAUUGAGGCUGUGGCCACCAAGAACAAACAUUGCCUCCUUGAAGUUGGAAUCGGCUGCACAAAGGAUUUAAUCAAAGCCAAGAUAUAUCCCAUUGUUCUCUUUAUUAGAGUCUCGGAAAAAAACAUCAAGAAGUUCAGGAAGCUGCUACCAAAGCCGGAAAUAGAGGAUGAAUUCUUACGGAUGUGCCGUCAAAAUGAGAAAGAACUGGAAGGGUUGCCCUGCCUUUACGCCUCUCUGGAGGCAGAAAGCUGGAGCAGCAUUGAGGACCUCCUCCGUAUAAUAAAGGAAAAAGUUUGGGAGGAACAGCAGAAAACCAUCUGGAUCGAAGAGGAUCAGUUGUGAAGCGGGGACCCAGCUGGGGAAAUGGAUUGUGCUUAGUUGGGAAACAAAGCAGUGCCAGAGGCUAUUGAGAAUUCUCUGAUGCAGAGCCCACUUUCCCUGGUUCCAUCUUUACUGGCCGGGAACUCUCAGAAACUGGCAGGAAACUGCCCUGUGAGAGAAGAAUCAAAACGGUGAGCGUUUGCAACGGGCAUCCCAGAUGCUACUUUGGGAUUCUGACCAGGAUGCUGUCCUGGGUUGCUCCUGUGCCAUGAACCAUCCAUCUUUUCCAGCACAGCUGCUUUUGCAGGAUGGAGAUCUCAAGAGACAAGUUUGGAGUGUGGACCUAUUCCUGCAGGUCUCCAAGGGAGAGAUGGGCCACACUAAGGAGGUGUUCACAGUGGCGAAGGAAGAUGCCAGCUCUUUGGGAGAGGCCGGAUGGGGUUGGGUGGAUAGGGCUCCCCACACUGAGACAACAGAAGAAUGUAUUACAUGAUGGAGGGUUCAGCCUGCUGGAUCGCAGAGCUACUCUGAGAGCCGAUGUCUUCACUACAGCUGUGCAUUGGUUUUGUGCCAGGUUAACUGUCAUGGCGUCCCCCCAAGGGAUCCUGGGAACUGUGGUUUAGAGAGGUGCUAAGAAUUCUCUGUUUGAGAUCCCUAGCCCAGCCUUUUCUUGCCCACAUAGUAGCCAGAGUUCCCUUGGGAGAGUGAAUGACUAUCCAAUGGAGCUGUGUGGCAUAUUCUACAGUUUCGGUCUUUGCGUAGAAGCUAGCCAUUUCUGAGGGGAAGAAAAACGUUUCCCCCAAGAGAGUGAUGCCAAAUAUCCACCUGAAAUAUCCUCUUAGAAAGAAGCAUUCCGCUCCGUUGUUUCCCAUGACUGCUGCUAUUGCUUUGGCCCCUUUCCCCCUGCUUGCUCCUUCUUUAGUUUACCAACAUGGUUGGUCCCACUCCAUCAGGAGCCACGCAAAUGAAGAGGGUGAUGUCACAGCACGGCAUAGCCCAUCAGCCCUGGCGACGCGGUGUCGUCCCCGAGAGCAAAGCGGAAGAAAUGAAUCGCGACUAUUUCCCCAAGGAGGGCUGGAAACGUGCUCCAGAGGGGAGGCCUCUUUUUUUGACGUGGAUAAAAGUGGCUCACAAAAAGCACUGUGAGCCCUUUUGCCUGGAGCUCUAAUAUUAAACCAGUAUUAUUAACUUA